AUGCCGAAGUCUAAGCGGGAUAAAAAAGUUUCCCUCACAAAAACAAAUAAAAAAGGCCUCCUGCUUAAGCAAAAAACGAUAGAUGAAAUCAGAAAUUCCCUAUCAAAGUAUGAACACAUUUUCUUAUUUACUGUUGACAACAUGAGAAACACAAAAUUAAAAGACUUGCGCAAUGAAUGGAAGGAUUCCAGAUUUUUCUUUGGUAAAAACAAAGUGAUGGCUGUGGCUCUUGGUAGACAGAAAACAGAUGAAGUUGAAGAUCAGCUCAACCAGAUUUCUAAGAGGCUGAAAGGUCAGUGUGGGUUGUUAAUGACAAAUAGAGAUGUUCCCGAUGUGUUAGAAUGGUUUAAGAAUUUAGAGGCAACAGAAUUUGCAAGAUCAGGUUUCAUUGCAACAGAGGAUGUUGUAUUACCACAGGGUCCGCUACCAGACUUCUCCCACACUAUAGAACCACAUCUGAGACGUCUUGGGCUUCCUACAUCACUAGAAAGAGGUGUUAUUACCCUUUUAAAGGAGUAUCAGGUGUGUAAAAAAGGUUCAGCUCUCACGCCAGAGCAAGCAAGUAUAUUAAAACUACUUGGAAUACAAAUGGCACAAUUUAAAAUUGUUAUAAAAUGCCAUUGGACAAAAGGAAAAGGUUUCCAUAAGGAUGUUGAAGUACCAAGUGAUGAAGAAGAUAGUGAUAAUGAAAGUAACAAGGACCAAGAAGAUGAACCUAUGGAUGAUGAAGAAACAUAA